CACUCCAUCCUUUGGCUUGCUCAGACGUGUUCCGCCUAGUCUGGCCACCCCACCAUAGCUCGCAUUGCCGUCACGAUUAGCGACCCACGAACUCCAAGGGAUACAGAUUUGCGGUCCUUCUGAGUACAGGCAGAGCAUGCCAGCUCCCGCAAGGUCAUCGUAGCACACGAUCCACAAAACCUGAUCUUCUCAGUCCCUUGCCUUCCACCUAAAAACCAACAGCGUCGGCCACUUCUAGCCGCAAAUAUGGGGGACUACUAUCACCAUUUUCUCACCUCCAUGACGGGGGUGGCAGCUAGCCAAAGUACAAGCCCGCAGGACAUACAUCCUCCCCAAUUUCCAGGCGCUCAGAUGUCCAUGAUGGGUGGUGCCAUGCCUGGGCCAUAUCCCAACCUUGGAUAUUUCACAGGCUUCCCUGACCCCGUUGGGCUUACUGCACCCAAAUCCUCGAGGAACCGAAGAAAGUCGGCUUCAGGCUUAGAUCACGUCAAGCAUCGACGAACACGGUCCGGUUGCUACAUGUGUAGGAGCAGAAGAGUGAAGUGCGAUGAAAGCCGGCCAGUUUGCGAUAGGUGUCGAAAAGGUAGCCGCGAAUGUAUCUAUCCAGAGCCGCCAGCAGCCAAAGGAUCUCCAGCACAGGGCUCUUCGUCCAAAGAUGGAGCUCCUACUCAACAGCAAGCCAGUCCGGGUUCUUCAAACGAUGCUGAAGACGGAGAGGAUGACACCGAACCCGCCGGCCUAGACACCAUCCUCGACGAGGACGAAGGAGAGGAAGAGUCUUUUCAGAGACAAUUUUCUGGGCCGAGUAGAAGCAGCACAGCUUCUUCCUUCAACCUGCAACGUACAGGAGGUACACGGCACGGCUCCGAGACGCCAUCACACGAGGGGACCAAGAGCGCCUCGCCUUCAACUUCUACCGCGAGCAGCCAAACAACCACCGCAUAUACGAUGCCGGAUCUUGCGAUAUUAUCCCUAGGUGGUCACGCCGACUGGUCACAUUUGCCCUCCGACCUCCGGCAGCAUCUGGAAUACUUCUGCGAAAACGUUACUCACUAUCAUUACUGCAUGCUCACUGACGCACACGAGUUCUUCCGCGUCAUUCUGCCGAAUUUUGCGAUACAGAACGAGGCUCUGUUGUACGCGGUCGUGGGAUUCGCAGCCUACCAGCGUACGAUACAAGAUCCCAAUGGCAAGAUGGAGGAGUUUUUGAAAUACUACAACAAGAGUGUCAUCCUGCUGCUCAACUCAUUGAAGAGGAAAGAGAAGCAUAACGUUGCUAUGCUAUUAACCGUCCUUCAGCUUGCCACAAUCGAGGAGUAUCUGGGCGACUGGAUUAACCUCAUGGGGCAUCAAAAAGCUGCGUUCGAGAUGCUGACACAUUUGUUCACACCUGAGACGGCUACGCAGACCCCUCUUGGUAGAAUGAUUGUGUCUUGGUAUGGACGCUUCGACAUCUUCAUCGCUAUGAUGGGCGGCUUUCCCACGAUGCUAGCCCCUGAGUGGUUCAUAACUUUUGUAGAAUACUGCGAUCAGCAAGCCGUCUCGGACGAAGCAGACAGUCUGCACUGGAAACUGGAAGCGGAAUCAGGUCGCCUGCGGGUUAUUUCAAGAGAAAUGUCUACCCUCUUCGCCCGGGGUAGCAGAGGCCAGAUAACACCGGAAGAUUUCGCUACAGAGCACGAACGACUGCAAAACUCGCUACAGGGCUGGAAAGACGGAUGGGACCACGCCCUUACUGACCCUGCUUACUACGUCACGGAUUUUAGCCACGCACCCCCCCUAGGCGAAGACGACAUUGUCGACCCGUUUAUCACAGGAGUCUUGUACGAUUUCCCGAUAUUCUCGACGACGCUACUUACCAGCGAGUUCAACUCUACCAUGAUGAUGCACAAGUGUCAGUCAUCGACGACGCAGCGGGAACAUCUAUACGGCGAGCUGAGAGGCCACGCAUACGCCAUCUGCCAAAUCUUUGAGGCUGUCGAGAGGUGGCCGUCGAGCCCGAGGGGCAGUUUGAUCUUGAUUCAGGCCUGCAUUGCUCUAUCGGCGUUAUUCCUACCGCAGGACGCCAAACAUCACAACUGGAUCCGGAAGAAGUUUGCUUUGCUAGAGACUAUGGGAUAUAUUCACCCGAUAUCACUCCGCGCCAAGAUGGCCGAAAUGUUCCACGAGCCCAGCUGUGUGCGCUGGUGGCUGCCCAACGACGAGGGUUACAGCCGGAUCCUGCAGGACGUACGGACCUUUGCCGAUGAACGCAACGCCAACGCCGCAUCCGCCCAGGCGGAGAACCUUCGAGAAGUCAGACACAUUUUCGCAAAGAUGCAAAUGGCGGAGAAUGCAACCCAGGCUGCAUAGAUCUUGAAACCGACAAACUUUUGGGGGGAAGAGGGGAAAAGAGGGAAGGGAAAAGUUUCGAGCGAGAAAAAUAAAAAGGAGGUGGAAAGUCCUGAUCAACUCGGCAGACACCGUGGCUGAGAAGUUGAACGGCAUACGAUUUUCAUCAUGGGAGAUGGAGUGGAAAAUUAGGAGCUCGUUCAGAGCUCGUUGGGAGUGAUCGUUAGGGGAAGGUCAUACGGUAAAAACGAAAGGGGAAAAAGCUUCGAGCAUGGACGACGGAUCAAAACAAAGCGGCGGCAUUUCUGCAUUCUUCCCCCUUAUAUCUAGAGGGCUACAUCUUUAAACCCAUAGAGGCCACGCCAUACCCUGGCAAAGGUCAUACGCAUUUUGGCGUUGGGUCUUCUUUUUCCGUUCCCGUUUCCAUUUCCAUUCGGCCCCCCUUUUUUUUCCCUCUCCUAUCCGAUUA